AUGGCCCCUAAUGCAAACUUGACCCCUUCUCCCUCCCGCUCCCUCCCCCAACUUCAUACAUCUAGAGAAACUUUCUUUCAUUCUUUCUUCCAUUCUUUCUUUCAUUCAUUCUUUCAGUCUUUCUUUCAUUCAUUUAUUCUUUCAGUCUUUCUUUCAUUCAUUCAUUCUUUCAUUCUUUCUUUCAUUCAUUCUUCCAGUCUUUCUUUCUUUCUUUCUUUCAUUCUUUUUCUUUUCCGCCUACAUGUUGUCCUUCUUUCUGUCACGUUUUCUUUCUUCUUUCUUUUCUUUUUCCUUAUCUUCUCCUACUUUCUUCUGACUUUUUUUUUUCUUCUCUUUUCUCUCUUCUUUAGUGAAUAUUUUUAUCGGAGACAUUUUUUAUUAUUUCUUUCUUUUGCGAACUCAGGAAUAAAUAAUCGGACGAUUGUCAUUUUUCCAGCCUUUUUCUCUUCCUUCCAUUUUUCUUCUUUUUUUGUUUUCCUUUCUUUCUUUUUAUCUUCUUCAAUGCAUCCUUACUUUAUUUCAUUCUUUCUUUCUUUCAUUCAUUCUUUCUUUCUUUCCUGCUUUAUAUCUUUAUUGCAUUAUUGUUUUCUUUCUGUCUUUCUUUACCGCUUCUUUUCUUUCAUUUUUCCAGGCUUUUUUCUCUUUCUUUCUUUAUUUCUUUCUUCGUUAUUUUUUUUUCAGUUUGUCCUUCUUUCUUAUCAUUCUUUCUUUCUUUCUACCUUUUUUCUUUCUUUUUUCUUGAUUGCUCUUUCUUUCUUUCCCCCUUUCCUUCUUUCAUUCUUUCUUAUCAUUCUUUCUUAUUAUUAUUUCUUUCUUGAAUGCGUCCAUCCUUUUUCUUUCUUUCUUUCUUUCUUUCUUUCUUUCUUUCUUUACUUCAGUCUUUCAUUUUUUUUCCAGUCUUUUUUAUUUCAUUCGCGAUUGCAUCUUUGUUUAAUCUUUCUUUCUUUAUCUUUUUAUUUAUUUUUCACUAUUUUUUUCAUUCUUUCAAUAUUUUCAUUUCCAUAUUAUGUUUCUUUCUUGCCAUUUUUUAUUCGUUUAUUCCAUUACAGCAUCCGUCUUUCUUUUUUCUUUCUUUUAUCUCUAUUACUUGAUUUCUUUCUUUCGUUCUUUUUUUCUUUCGUGAUUGCAUCCUUCUUUAUUCUUUCUUUCUUCCUUUCUUUUCUAACAUUCUUUCUGGCUGCGUCUUUCUUUCUUCUAAACUUUCUUUCUUUCAUUAUUUUACUUAAUUUCUUGAUUGCAUCCUUAUUUAAACUUCCUUUCUUCAUCCCUUUCUUUCUUUCGUUCUACCUUUCUUUCUUUCUUUCUUUCUUUCUUUCUUUCUUUCUUCCUUCCUUUCUUUCAAACUUUCCUGAUUGCAUCCUUUCACACUUUUUUCUAACUUCCUUCCUUCCUUCCUUCUUUCCUUCCUUCCUUUUUUCUGUCUUUCUUUCUUUCUUUCUUUCUUUCUUUCUUUUGUGA